GUUUGGACCAAGAGGAACCAGAACCUCUGCAGAUAAAAGAAGAGCAGCAAGAACCAGAACAUUCCUGGACAAAAGAGGAAACCAUGGAGCUCCCCAUAAGUGAGCAGGAAGAGCAGCUUGUUCUGAAGCAAGAGACAGAAGAUACAUGCAAGGAAAAUUUACCAUGUUUGACAUGUGGAGAAAACUUUCCAAAAAAAGAGCAUUUAAUGAUUCACAUGAGGUCUCACACAGGUCAAAAGAUUUAUGAAUGUUUCUCCUGUGAAAAAAUUUUCACAACAAAAUCUAUUCUUGAUAGACACAUUAGAACUCACACUGGUGAGAAGCCUUUUUCCUGCACGAUUUGUGUUAAAAGUUUUUCUCUAAAAGGUCAUUUGACUGGACACAUGAGAAUUCACACAGGUGAGAAGCCCUUUGAAUGUCCGUCCUGUGGAAGGAGCUUCACUCAGAAAUCUAAUCUUGAUGCACACCUCAAAAUACACACUGGUGAGAAGCCUUUUGAAUGUCUGUUCUGUGGAAAAAGCUUCACUAAGAAAUCUAAUCUGGAUACACACACCAGAAUUCACAAAGGUGAGAAGCCUUUUACUUGUACCGUUUGUAACAAGAAUUUUACUGUAAAAAGUAGUUUGACAACUCACAUGAGAAUUCACACCGGCGAGAACCCUUUUGAAUGUCUGUUUUGUGGAAAAGGCUUCACCCAGAAAUCUAAUCUAGAUACACACAUCAGAAUUCACACAGGUGAGAAACCUUUUGAAUGUCUGUCCUGUGGAAAAAUAUUCACUAACAAAUCUACUCUUGAUACACACAAUAGAAUUCACAAAGGUGAGAAGCCUUUUUCUUGUACCAUUUGUAACAAAAAUUUUACUGUCAAAAGUUGUUUGACAACUCACAUGAGAAUUCACAUAGAUGAGAAGCCUUUUAAAUGCCUGUCCUGUGGAAAAAGCUUCACUCAGAAAUCUGAUCUUGAUAAACACAUCAGAAUCCACACAGGUGAGAAACCUUUUACUUGUACUAUUUGUAACAAGAAUUUUACGGUAAAAUAUAGCUUAACUACUCACAUGAAAAUUCAUACUGGUGAAAACCCUUUUGAAUGUCUGUCCUGUGGAAAAAGCUUCAAUCAGAAAUCUGAUCUUGAUAAACACAUCAGAACUCACACAGGUGAGAAGCCUUUUUCCUGCACGAUUUGUGUUAAAAGUUUUACUCAAAAACAUCAUUUGACUGGACACAUGAGAAUUCACACAGAUGAGAAGCUGUUUUAGGUUUUAGAUGAGAAGGUAAUAUGAAUAUUCAGAUGACAUUUAUUCAUGCAUGACGUGGAAUGAUUUAUAUAUAAGAAGAACAUUUGUUUCACUGAAGUGGCAGCAGUUAGACGCCACAGAAAUGAACAGUAGAAGCGUUUUCCAUGUUUGACUGGUGAUAAAAUAUCCAUUUAGAAACCCCUUUGCUUCAUUGCAUGAGAAACCUUUUACAUACAAACUAAAUGGCCUGUACUUAUAUAGCGCUUUUUUUUUUCCAAGUCAGGAGACUUGACCAAAGCACUUUACACUACAUUAAGUCAUUCACACAUUCAUGCACACACUCAAGGUGGUAAGCUGCCACAGCUGCCC